AUGUCCUCGCCAGGAUUGCAGGCGUUGCAAACAGAGGCAUACACUGCGGUCUGCAGAGCGUUCUACGCCCAGGAGUCGCUGAGAUGGGAGCAGGAGGACGUGCUGACCAAGCUGCGCGACUUCUGGAACAUCAGCAACCAGAUGCACUCGACCAUCACUAGCGAGAUGCGCAGCGAUCCCGACGUGGUGGCGGUGCGCAGCGGCGGCAUGCCCUCGCGCGGCGGGCGCGGCAAGAACGCGAUGCUGGCGCCGGCGCCCUCGAUAGGGGCUGCUGGCCAACAGGCACCGCCGCUGGUGAAGCAGCAAAGCGCGGAGCAGCUCGCGUAUGCGCCGCCGCCGCCGCCGCGGCGGCGCCAGGCGCUGCCAGCUGUGUCGGAAGGCACCAGCCUGAGCAGCGGGGAGGUUUCAGCGUACAGCGAGGGCAGCGAGCGCAGCAGCAAGCUGCUGCAGCGCGGGCGCUCCAAAAAAGGAACAUCAAAGGGCAGGGCUGGCGGCGGCGGCGGGAGCGGCGCCUCCAAGGCCCGGGCCGGCAGCUUGGGGCAGCAGCCGUCGGUGCGGCGAGCGGGGCCCGCGCGGCCGCUGGGCGCGCCCGGCGGCGGGCUGGGCGCCCCCAUGGGCAGCGGCGUGCAGCGGCUGGCCAGCGGCAUGCAGCGCUCGCGCUCCACGCGGCAGAACAACGGCUUUGGCGGCGCGGUGGACCCGCUGGGAUAUGUGGGGCGCCGCCUGUGGCGCUUCUGGCCGCUGGAGAGCCCGCCCUGGGUGGAGGGCUUCAUCCAGCAGUGGAACCCGGACGACGACGGCUACGUGAUUGUGUACGACCCCAACACCCGCGAGUCGACAGAGGAGGUCUUCCACUUUGCCACUGCCGUCGAGGGCGGCGACUAUGUAGUGGGGGAGUAUGUGGACAUGACCCAGGUGCACGGCUCGCGGCGGCAGCUGGAGAAGCCGUACGUGCCGCCCGAGGUGCUGGCGCAGGGGCCGCCGCCGGGGCUGCUGGCCGCGCUGGCGCCCGCCCCCAGCAAGAAGCGGAAGAGCGUAUCCGGCGCGCCGGUGCCUGCCGACGCUCCAUUCGAGCCCACAUACCUCCACGCGCGGCUGCCUGUCGCAGCAGAGGAUGAGCUGCAGCAGAUGCUGGCGGUGCUGGAGCGCAAGGAGCGGAUUGUGGAGGCGGAGAUAAACAUUCUGGAGUACCAGGAGGCCAACCGCGAGGACAUUGAGAAGCGGUCUGCCCUGGAGCGGCGCUUCCAGGAGCUGUGCGACCGCGAGGCGGCGCUGAUGGCGGAGAUGGCGGCGCUGCGGGAGGUGGUGGCCGUAUGA